CGCAACGGGAAACACCGAAGCUGAAUCCCCGCUGACACGAACACUAGGAGGCCCUUUGACCCAAACAGGCCCUGCUAUGGUGAGGCGUGUUAGCGAUGACGGAUGUGGAGGCGACCUAUGAGGACUUCAUUGCCUCUCGACGGUCUGGCCGCAGAAACGCCAUCCAUGAAAUCCCAGAUGCCCCCGGGGUGCAGGGACCCUCCGACCUGUCCCAGAGUCUGGCACAGCUUAACAUCAACAAGGCUGGUGAUGAGGGAGAAGACGCAGACAAGAACCAGGACGCUGCAGCUAAAGAGGAGGAGACACAAGCAGAGGGCAGCUAGGCGGCAGCUACCUGCUGACAUGUGUGGACUCAAACAGCUUCUUCUUCCUGAUCCCUAAGCCUCUGGUUGGCCAGUUGCACUUAAUGACUGUGACAGACACAGAAAAUCCUCCACUGCCACCAUCAUGUUGUCGAGAAUUCAUCGUUGAUGUGGAUCUCACUUUGCACUAGGACAUGUAAAAUUUUCCUUUAAAAGCCUCCUGUUCUUGCUGCCUUUCCUUCAUAGCUGCUGGUAUGAGAGUGGGACUGAUGCAUGAUGGAUGCAGUCUGAUGUCAAGACCUAAAACCAGCUCUUUUUGACUGUUCUUGUCCUGGGAGGAACAGAGAGGAGCAAAAGGAGGUUAUUCAAGGCUUUUGUGAGGCUUAAGUGGAUUAAAAUUUGUACUUUACCUUCAUCUUAAAUCAAUCACUGGCUGGGUGGCUGUGGGAUAACAGGGAUUAUGACUGGGCACCAACUCUUCCUUUGCACCUCUUACACCAACUUCUGCAAACACAUUACUAAAGCUACCAGUUCUCACUCAGUAGGUUUACAUGCACGGUGAAGUCGAGCUACAGUCAUGGAUUGAUCAGGCUAUUUAGUUGGACUUCUGUUUUUGUUUUAGUCUAAUCGGACAUAUGUCCGACUCUGCUACAGUAGGUGUUGAUAUACCUUUUUCAGCUCGUUACUGUUAAACUUACUGUAAAAUCCAGAAUAUGCUGCCCUGGAAUAUGAACUGCAGUCUCUAUAUUGUCUUCCAAAGGGGAAUGAAAGGUUUAAACUGCAUUCUUGUGUAACCAUUGCUAUUUUGAUCAGCAAAAAAAUCACACCAGGCAGUUUCAGUGCAGCUGUACAGCUCUGUAAGUUGUCUGCUGAGAAGGGUUUUCAGUCAAACUGGCGCCCCACAAGGAUUAUUUACUUAACAGUAUGCUCCACAUUUUCUUUAAAUACAAAAUUACGACCUAACACGGGAGAAAAGUGGUUAAAAAGAGGCACCAACCCACAAGGUUAAUUCAGUCAACAGUAUGCUUUCUGUUUUCUUGAAAUGCAAAAUUACAACCUACGUAACGAAGGAGAAAAGCAGUUUAAAAGAGGCACCAACCCACAACCGCCCACUGGUUGUAAACAUACUGACUCUGGCUAUUUUCAUUCUCCCUUGAUAUUUAUUUCUUAAUAUCUAUUCAUUGUAGGUAUGACAGCUGGGCAUUAUCUCCAAACUGCUCUUCAGGGUUGUCAGGUUGAACACCUAAGGAAAGGUGGUAUUUGUGUCUGUUUUUUGUUUGUUUAUGUAUACAUCAUUGUCAUGUGCACUCUCGAUUCUAGCGGUUGUAUUUGGAAGAAAUACUAGUCAGAACCAAGGAAAAAGCGUUCAGUUUAAUCACUGAAUUCAGUUUUUUAAAUUUAACAGAGCAAGUCAUCCUUUCCUUAUUUCAGAGUUCUAUGGGUUCAGACAAAUCUAAGAGUUUUCUUCCAAAUCUCCAACUCAAACAAAGAUUUGAAAAAUUUAACUAUUUUUCAAAUAAAACAGCAUAUGGUAACUUUGAGAUACAGUAAAACUUUAUGUGUAGUAAGCCAUAAAAAUUUGGCAUUCUUGCAGGAGCUCUUGGGAAUGAGAUCUAUUCAGAAUCUUUCCUAGAGUUGUGAGGAUUGAAAUAAAGUUCCAGCCUUACCAAACAUCUUGUAAACAAAUAUCAAACUAGUAAAUUAUAAUUAUUGAUGAAAUCUAUUAUUCAGGGUUUUAGAAGAUUUCUGACAGCUAGAGUUUGAUGCAAAAGUUGCCUUUGUUGGUGCAAAGUGUAAAUUUUUUGUAAAGUCCUGUUAUUGUAGAUGAAACACAUUUAGAAAACUCCGGAGUGUUUCUGUGUGUUUGAAGGUAUUUCUGUUUAAAUGUGUUUAUAAGAAGGGUGACAAUACUGAUUGCACUACAACAUUAGCUGUUUUUUAUAAUGAAUUAUUUAUAAUAGAUGUGAAUAUGGUGGGGAUGGGGGCAUCUGUUGGAAGGUUAUUGUUGUGGCUGUACAAACUACCUGUGUCUUUUUCACUUCUUACAUCACCCAACAACAACGUUAAUAGUCAACCUUAUAGCUAUAGUUUAUGUCUCUGAGACACUGCCUUUAUCUGUUUUACAUAUCUGUGGUUUGAAACACAAGCAUCUUCUAUUUUCUGCAUUGCUAUUGGUUUUACCUUAUUUAUGGAAAUCUGUCAUAUCCUCCUGAGACCUCAGCUUUUAUUUGGAAUGAUUUUAGUGAUCAGUAGGUCCUGAUAAGUUAAAAAGCUCAGCCUUGUCUUUGAAUAGGAAUUAGUUUGUACUAAAAACGAUGACCACCUCUCUUGAAGGUCCUGUUUCUGCAGAAUUUUAGCACUUGUUUGGAAAUGUUGUCAGCCAUUGAGGGAGGGAUGUUGGAGUCAGUCUGAUGAAGGGCCAUAAGGACUUGUUCAUGCCAAGCAUUAAUGAAUAUAAUGAUAUAAGAUAAAUAUAUAUUUAAAAUAUAUAAGUUCUGAAUUUCUUGCAAUUUUUUUUUAAAAUCCACACAAAUUCCCUAAUAUUUCGAAGAAAUUACCUCAAAUUUCUGUGAAAAUUCUUGUUCUUCUCUAACAUUUCCCCCAAAAUUCAAUGUAAAUUCCUGAAAGUUUUCAAGCAAAUUCUUCCUAAAAUUUCAUAUCAAAUUCGAAAAUAUUUAUAUGAAAAUGACAGAAAAUUCCCCUCAAUAUCCAAACAAAUUCCCUGAAAUUUUUGUGAAAAUUCUUGAAAACAUCAAUAAAUAAAUUAAAUUAAAGUUCCAAAAUUUCAA